GGCCCGCCAUAAUUGUCGCCAUUUUGUUUUUCAAUAAUCCUUGGAAGCGUUGAAGGCGUCGUUGUGUGUGCUCUCUUAUAAAUUUUAUUUGAUCUGUUCACGUUUAAUAAUAGAUUAAAUACUUUAUUUUUGUUUUGUUUUAUCCUUAUACUUCGUAGUGUUCGUCAUGUCUGAUCGAGAGAGAAGUCGGUCGAGGACCCGCAACGGAUCCCGUGAUCCACCACCGAAGACCGCGGUGAUGUCUCGUGGACACAGCAGAAGCCGGUCCAGGACGCCGCCCCCGCCAAAAACUUCGAGCAGAAAAUACCGUAGCCCGUCGUACUCCAGGUCUCGAUCGCGCUCGGGGUCUCCGCGGCGCGGGUAUCGCUCUAGGUACUCCCGCAGCCGUUCCCGCUCGUAUUCGCCGAGGGGCUCCUACCGCCGCUCCCACUCCCACAGUCCGAUGUCGUCGCGUCGCCGUCAUCAAGGCGAUCGGAACCCGACUCCAUCGAGGUGCCUCGGCGUUUUCGGUCUCAGUUUGUACACCACAGAGACGCAGAUCAACCAUAUCUUCUCCAAAUAUGGACCAGUGGACAAAGUGCAAGUUGUCAUUGAUGCUAAGACGGGUCGCUCGCGUGGUUUCUGUUUUGUCUACUACGAGAACCAAGAGGAUGCCAAAGUGGCUAAGAACGAGUGUACCGGUAUGGAGAUAGAUGGACGUCGCAUCCGGGUUGACUUCUCUAUCACACAGCGCGCACACACGCCCACGCCUGGCAUCUAUAUGGGCAAGCCGACUGUAAGCAGCAGAGGUGAUAAUGGCUACGACAGGCGCCGGGACAGAGACGACUACUACUACCGCGGCGGCGGGGGCUACCGCGAGCGGGACUACUACCACCGCGGCUACCGGCACCGCUCGCCGUCCCCGCACUACCGCCGCUCGCGCCGCUACGAGCGCGAACGCUCCUACUCGCCGCGUAAGUCUUACUACCACCCCGAGCGGUAGGCUGGACUUAUGGUGCCGCUGCACUCACGCUAAUGGGCUAUUUGACUGCUAAUGUUUGGACGCAGCCGGACACAUAAUGUUCUAUAUUGGGAAUUUUUAAUUUAAUGAGCAGUUUUUGUGUUUGAGACUCCAUACAGCAUGAAUAUUAAAUUUAGCAAAUGUUUCAGUUGUGGAGAAUUACUCUCUGUCAAGCUAAAUUCAAAAUUUGAAAGUUACAAAAGAAACUAAACGAAGUGUAGAGAUAUGAACACUUUUGUAGUUUAGAAACAAUAACCAUAUUCCACGGAAAUUGUACUUUGAAAUUUCAUGAUAAAACAUGUAUAGAAAUGUAUAUAUUGUUAUAAGAAACUAAGGUAAUGCUUUCACUCGAAAAAAAAACUAACAAUCGAGAGUUUGCGUUUGAUACCUCACUUCUAUUAUCAAUGUGGAUAAUGCAUUAAACGUACUCAAUUAUUGCAGCGUCUCAAAUACGAUGUUACCAGAUAGAAUUGUAGCUAAACAUCGAGAUGCUAUCUCCCUGUAGCCUUGGCGAAAGACUAGUAUUGUCUAUUUUUUUCUUUUAAACUAAAUUUAUCUUUAUAGCUUUCUAAUAUUUUUCUAUAUGUUCUUGCAAAAUUAUUGUAGUGUAUAAACUUUUACUUUUUCCUGAGUUACAGGUUUUUAUUCUUACUUUUUUUUUGUUCAGUACAUUAUAUAUCUUUCGAAAAUUAAAUUUAGAAUUUAUUAAACAUUAUGUGCUUAAUUGCGUCCAAAUUUGUCGUAAUAGGCAUCCAAUAAUUAUUUAGUAAUGACUAUAGUAAAUAAUAUAAAAAAAAAUUGAUUUAGGCUCUAACAAAUUGAAGUCAAAUAUCCUAUCCAAAUGUGUAGUAAGAAAAUGUGUUAUUAAAAAUAGGUAGUUUAAGUAUUAAUAUAAUUGAAUUGCUCUCAACGGAAUCAAUGAAACGAGUCAUAAAAUUUGAAUAGAAUGCAUUAUUGUUUGUUUGAGUUAGUGUUACAUUGGGCUCGAUUCUGUGGCCACAUUUCUCUAAACCUGUCUAAAAUUAAAAUUCGAAUAUUAUAGAGAAACCUUUAUUGCAAGGACCAAUGUGUAUUAAAUUUCUAAUAGAUUUGAUUAAAAAUUAUAUUAACAGUCCAUAAUUACAGUAAUUUUGCGAAAUUGUUAAAUUAAAAUAGGUUAAGAGAUAAAUUUAGAGAAAUGGUCUCAAGUUCAUUACACUAAGUAUUUGAUUAGAGAUAAUUUGUUUAUUUUUGCCAUCAAUCAUUGCGGUUUGUUUCAUCUCGAAAGGAAUAUCGUUAGACAGUACAUCAAAAAUUAUAUUUAGUAUAUAAUAUUUAACCUUAUACAAUUCACUUUAACCUGUGAUUGAUUUCGCAUUUAAUUUCAUAUAAAAAUCAAUAUACCAUAUAAUGUUUAAGCGUUAAUUUAAAAGUAACGGCUUGUUAUGUGAACAUAGCAUCUCAUUUACUUGUUCUAUUUACCCAUGCAUUUUGUGUGCCAAAUACAUUACAAUGUACGAAUUGCUUGUACUGUUUAUAUCGAGUUUUAAAUAUGUUGUUUUAUAUAUAAUAUAUAAACUAUAUUUUUUUUGUUUGUGUUGAACUAUACAAUAUUUUUCAUCACUUAUACAUGUUAUGGAUAUUUCGCAAAUAAAAAGCCUUAACUAGAGUUGCCAACCCGCCUGCCAAGCGUGGCAACUACUUGCUUACCAUAUGGGGAAGGCUUAUGUCCAGCAGUGGACAGUUCAUUGCUGAAAUCGUAAUAAUAAAUAGGGGAAAUGCACACUAAUAUUCUACAAUUAUUUUACGCACAUUGUACUUGUCACUUGCUGGUUAGACUUCUGUAACUUUUUUAUUUAUUUUAGUAUGCUAUGUACAUUUAAAAAGGAUCAAAUUGCCACCGAGCGGAAAAUACUGCUUGACUUAAAAUAAUAUUUCGUGUGGCGAAAUUGUUAUAGGCUACUAGCUGAUUAGUUGAUUCAAAAUCUAAGUACAAAUUUUACUUAGUUUGGAAAUAAAUGAUACUAUGGAAUAAGGUCCUGAUUUCAUUAUUAUACUAGUUGAUCCGGCAAACGUUUCACCAUUUAAAAAUUUUUUUCUGGAUAGGAAAACUAAUCACCUAGCGGUAUUCUUUUAUCGGUAUUAUUAUAUUUUCUUCUGUGACCACCAGAUAUCACCAGAGGGAGACUUUGUACAAAAGUCGUUUGCUUGAGCACCUCUGUCCCAUUCGUGUUUGUACUGUUAAGCACUUGUGUUUGUAUAUUCAUGUAAACACAAGUGCUUCAGAAAUAUAUUUUUUAAAAUGCAUGUAUAAUGUUUCUGUUUGAAGGAUGGGAUAUUACAGUGAAUUAACAGGUACAGAGGAAUAACACCUUAAUUCUUAGGAAUGGCAACGCAUGGAAGGUAUCAUGGGCGAAACAGUAUACUUUGUUAUGUCUAUAGGCGACGGUUACCACUUUCCAUCAGGUGGGCCGUUGGUAUGUUUGCCAUUUUAAGUUUCAUAAAAUUUUUUAGGGUUAUUAUUUUCAUACCUACCAAAUAUACAUAUAUAAAAAUAAAUAUCGGUCGAGCUGUUUCGGAGGAGUUCGAGACCACAUGAGGUUUUUAUAUAUAAGCUAAUAUUAUUUUGGAAAAUUAUUUUACCUGUGCGAAGUAGUGCCAAAUUGCUAGUCUUUAAAAUUUCGGGGACUUUGGCUUUUCUCGGAACUCGAAAUUGAAAAUCAAUACAUUAUAAGUUUAUAAGCUAAUAUUAUCUAAUAUAUAAAAAUCCAUGGUAAAAGUUCUUUUGUCGUCGAUUCCAUUGUUUACUAUGUAAUGAUGGCGGAAAUAAACAAAUUUCUGAUUAUCAAAUAGUUGGCAAUAUUUAUUUGGAUUGGCAAUAGUUGUUGUUAUGGCACCGAGAGUUGCUUUAAUUGCUGUACUUUGUACAUUUACUCGCAGAAUUACGCAUUUUCUUGCUAUAUACAUAUUCGUAUGUAAAACAUCAUUUGACGUUAUUCUCUAAAAUGUACAGCUAAAGCUCAUGAGUGACCAGACAUAGUUUCUGGCUAUGCAUGUGUUUAUUAGACGCAAUUCAUUUUCUCACUAGUGUACUUUAUAUUUACUUUUUCGUCAUAAAUCAGUGUAUCUAUCAUAUUUUAUUAUUCCAAAUUAAUGUAUUAGAUUUCGAUCCCUUUGUAUUAAUUUUUUUAUAUUUGAUUUCCACAUCUUUUUUGCACAAUGACCAAAGAUAUUGAAUAUAUAACCAAUCAUUCAAUCCCUUGUCGAGUGCAUUGCAUGUUGGUUAACUAUGUUAUUUCUAUUCAUACAUUAGGACACAGUCCUAAUGUAUUAUUUUGUAAAUUAGAUUAAGAUGUCUGCCUCAACAUUUGUCAUGUGAGUUCCAUAUGAAAUUGUCUAGUAAUUUUUAAUGUUUUUAUCUGAACAACUGUCUCUCGUUGUAUCUUAAUCGUGAUGGAAGUCAAUACUAUCGUUUUCAAUAAUGUAUUUUAAUAAUGUAAUCGAAAGUGUUGACUUUGGAAUGGACUGAACCGGUAGACCUUCAAAAAUAAUUUGAUGAUUUUAUAUUUUAAAUGUUUUUAGACUCACCUUGGUAUCAAAAAUGUGUAUUUUUCUAAUAUGAAUGAAUCACAAGCUGGUAGUUAGAGGUAACUGGUGAAAAUGUAGAAUUUAUUUGCUUUUCAAGUGUUCAAGUAUAAAUUGUAGUAUUUGGCUUUAAUUCCGUAAGCUUAAAAUUUUUAUGCGUAUAACUGUUAUUUGUCAAGUUAUCUUAGAUAUUUGGGACUAUCAAAGUCUUUCCAAAUUUGUUACUUGGUGAUAGUAUAACACUAGAUGUCGCCUAUGUCAGAUUUAUAUAAUAUUUAAAUAAGAGAAUAAAAAAAGGAAACAACUGAUAGGUAGUUUAGAUAAGGAAGGAAUACAGGUUUGGUCGGAAGCAUCUAUAAAAGUGUAAUACAAACAUAUUUCAUGUAUAAAAUCAUUGCAAAUUGCUAGACACGCACAAGCCAUUGAUUCGUAGCAUAAUGAUCAUUUCAUAGCAUUGACAACCAUGGUUACUCCCCUGUUUGACUUUGCAGGUCGUUAUUAGUAAGUCGGUGAUGCUGAGGUCGACUUCAGACAUAGCAUACUUUUUGAUACGACAACACCUUCCCCAAAUGUGUCCACUGGCCUCGUCCAUGCAUUUAUACUGUACCUGCGUAGGCCGGUUUAGAUAUAUAGAUACAUACAUAACAUUGUUAACAAUUAAUUUUGUAAAUGUAAGUUUGCGUGUGAACUAAGCGCCCGCAUUAGUCUGUGAAUGGACAGUUUAUGUUUAAUUAGAUGUGAUACGAAAAGGGUCUAGUUUAUAAGUUAGUUUGUAAUAACCAGGGCUCACUCGCCUCUAGGAUGUAAAAUUAGAUCUAAUAAAGAUUUAACGCCAAGUCUAAUAUUGAUUUUGUUUGUUUGAAAAGGUAUUGAAACAAGAAGUAAAGGAUGAAGUUCCUUGAAACGUAACUGUGUUGAAGUUUUGAAAAUGUUUGAUUGAAAAUGCCUUUUGGGCGGUUGCCGAAACCCGACCGGCCGGUGGGUGCCGAAAAGAAAAUGUGGGCGUAGAAGCCAAGUUUUCGGACCUAACUUGACAUUUGUCGAAGCGAAAAAGAAUAUGAUCGGGUUACUGGGUUGUAGGGAGGUACGAAGCACAAGCUCGCUCAAGACACUCAAGAGAGAAGUCGCGCACAGAUCAUAUUCUUUAUCUUCCGACUUAGUACUAUAUAUAACACUAUACAUUAUCUGUCGCGGUAUAUAUUUUACACUACGUGAUCGUUAUUGCAUUUCUCGACUCCAUAGUAUGUAUAUAUAUAUAUAUAUAUAUAUAUGUAUUGACCGUCGGGUCGCCAUAUUAAUACUUAUUUUUUUCUAGUGUAGACUUGUGAGCAGCGACUUGUUAAUAAAUAAUAGUUUUGUAAUAUCA